AUGAGACGCAUCGCAAGCACCUCCCGCAUAUUUGAGCCCAUCGUCGCUUCCUCGUCAAGGCGCAUCCCACGCGUCGCUGCCGCGCUCCCAACAUUCAACCCGGUCCCCUCCGCCGCAGCUCGUCGGGCAACUUCGUAUGCCCGCGCGUACUCGACUCACUCGACAGCACCACCCGCCGACUUGGGGCCUAUCCCAAGUAUCUCGGCAGAGAACACCUAUGACAUUGUCAUUAUCGGCGGCGGACCCGCUGGUCUUGCACUCGCGUCUGCCCUCGUCUCACAUAAAACGAUCCGUGACACGACACGUAUUCUGCUACUCGAGGGCGGCUCGCUGAAGCCUGUCCGCGAAUGGGACGACCAAGGACCAUGGUCGAACCGCGUGUCGUCGCUGACCGCGGAAAACAUUGAGUGGUUGGAAAGCAUUGACGCAUGGCAAGGCAUUGCUCUUGACCGCUCGCGUGCCGUCGACGACAUUAUUGUCUGGGCCAACCCGGACACGAACGCGACCCCCAUGCUGCACUUUCCCGGCAGUGACAGGCCACUCGCCCGCAUGACCGAGAACAUUAACACCCAGCGUGCCUUGCUCCGCCGACUGGAGCGCGCACCCGAGGGCGUGGUGACAGUGCGCGAGGGCGCCCGUGUGGCCGAGAUGCGCUACGGCGAGGGCAACGGCUGGGUCGGUCUGCGUAUCGGCGACGAGUGGGUGCGCGGCUCGCUCGUCAUUGGUGCCGACGGACCAAACUCACCCGUCCGUACGUUUGCAAAGAUUGACACCUUUGGUCACGCAUACAACGCCCACGGUCUUGUGGCGACCCUCGAGCACCGUCCCGACCCCGUGUGGCCAAACCACACUGCUUUCCAGCGCUUCCUCCCCACCGGACCCAUCGCCUUCCUGCCUCUCGCCGAGGAUGCCAGCACCAUGGUGUGGUCCACCACCCCUCCACUCGCGGCUGCACUCAAGCGUCUCGAGCCGGCGGCUCUGACCAUGGCUAUUAAUGCCGGCUUUACUCUUCCCGAGCAGGAUCUGGCCAUCAUGCAGGAGGCACUCCUUGCAGCCGACCUCAUGAACGCUCCCCUUUCGGCCGACGGCUUAAAGGGCAUCCUCGCCGCUCUCCCGGACGCCCAGCCGACGGACGCUCCCCUUCCUCCGGUUAUUACCGGCGUCCAGCCGUCAUCCGUCGCCUCGUUCCCGCUCCGUCUCACCCACGCCGACGCAUACACGGCACACCGUGUGGCUCUCGUCGGCGACGCCGCACACACCACCCACCCGCUCGCUGGCCAGGGUCUGAACGCCGGUCUCGCCGACGCCCGCGUCCUCGCCUCCACGCUCGACAAGGCCCGCUCGGUCGGCUCGGAUGUCGGCGGCAUCACUGCCCUCGCGCCGUACCCGCGCGAGCGCUACCUGCCCAACCACGCCAUGCUCGCGGCCGUCGACAAGCUCAACACGGUCUUUGGCGCGCGCAACCCCUUCAUGAACUGGGCACGCGGUACAGGACUGGAAGUCAUCAACGAGCUCGGCCCGCUCAAGGCCUUCUUCAUGGCCAACGCCGGCUCCAGCGCCUCCCGCGCACCCCGAACGGGGGCCGCGCGCGAGUUUGGCCGCGCUCACGCCUCGGACCCGCUGCCAGGCGUCGCUGCGGGCCUCCCCGCCGCGCUCGCUGACGCCGCCGAGGCCGUCCAGGUCGCAAGGCAGGUGGCUACCGCCGCCGGCGGCGUGCUCGCCGAGGGACUCCGGAAUGCGCUUCGUAGGGGGGCGGACGCGCUGGAGAAGAAGUAA